UAGGGCAAAAUUUACAUGCCGUGUGAAAAUGAUAUGCCGGAGUAUCACAACUGUGAAUGUCUGCCUGCUGUGAGGUGCUUUUUAUGAAACGCUCAUUGCGCUCGUUGACUUCUGCAGGCUUUGUGAAGCAGAAACAACAAAAGAAAAAGGGAUGCGCUAACUCUCGUCUGCAGCGUCUGUGGUGUGGCGAGGCGAGGAAGCCGCGCUGCGAAAAGCGAUGUUACCACAUUUGACAUCACGGCGGCCGACGUCACCCUGGUGACCAAUUUGGGCUUAUACAUUCGCACGUCAUCAACUUUUUGAUCUCUUCAUCGUCCGAAAUUAGAAAGUGGCUGUUUCAUGCUUUCCCGAGCACCUUCAUGGCUGCUGUCCUUUCACUGAUGCUGUGGAGCCUCGCAAUGGUUAUUCAAGGCGUCGGCACCUCCGCCUGCGGCGUCACCUGCUCCACCGACUACAACGUUCUCCUCAACUGCUCGUGCGCUUCCAUCCCCGCCCGGCCGCUACGCCUCGAUGUCAACUGCAGCGACGGCGAGCUCCACGUGGCCGACAGUUGCCAGGUGUCGCCUCCUCAGUCCUGGUGCGUCAUGUACCCGCCGGAACUCUUCAGCAUCGCCGCCAUCGGGACCGAAUGCACGGCAACAAUCGGCCGGCCAGGCGCCCCGGAAAGCGAGUUGUCCAGCUGGGCGUUAUAUGACGUGGUGAAACCUUUUCCGCCUUUCAACGUGCGAGUGAUCAGCGCAGACGGAUUCUACAACAUCACGUGGGACCUCGACAACGACAACAACGAUUGUCUGACAUACAGCCUUCGCAUCCGAACCAGCCGAGGUCUCUUGCAGGAUCCAACGCGUUCCUUCUCAGUGGACGAGAGGUUCCUCGUGGUGGGGCACAAGGAGCUACCGCCCCGUGCCAAGUGUAGCGCGGUUGUCCGGGCCAAGUUAUGCCCCAGUAACCCGUCUCAAGGCCCGUGGAGCGAGUGGAGUCCCAAAGUCAGCUGGACAAACGCGGCGACAACAUCUGCAGACGUUGCAGUGAAAGGAUUCUGGCUGUACAUCCUCCUGGCUAUCAUCAUCCUCAUUGCCGGGCUACUGCUGGCUUGCUCUCGAAAGCCGUACUUACUGAAAAGAUUUCAACUGAACAUGUACGUGUCCAGGCCACAGGACUUCUUCAAGCCGCUCUAUCUCGACCACGGAGGCAACUUCAAGGAGUGGGUGAGGCCGGUGUUCAGCGAGCACGACUUGUUGGGAAACACCUCGCACGUGGAAAUGGCGACCGCCACCAUGAAACAGCUCCACUGCCACAUACCCAGCUCAGAAGGGGGAGACGUAGUGUGGCCUGUGGGGUGCCUCCUCCUAGUCCCCGCCCCGCUGGAACAAUUGGGACACGUGUCCAUUCACACGGUGAUUGUGAGCGAAGAGGAUAAGCAGCGAGUGUCUGGUCCAAACUUCCGAGAGCUGCUGGACUCUGAUAUAGAGGAUCAAGAAGUGGACAGGCAAGAUGAAGAGCGGCUAUUCAACGAUUGGCCUGAAGAAGUGGAGAGAGCCUCGCUGGCCUCCAGCCGACAGUCGGACGACGGAUACCCCCGCGUGGACUUGGACACGGUGGAUAGCGGUUUCGGGGAGUGCACCAGCCCGUCCCACUCCAGUUCGGGACAGCCCGCCGGGGUUUUCCUACCCGAAACGCAAAGCUCACGUUCCAACUAUGUCAAGCAGUGGAUGAUGUAUGGUGAUGCCGGCGAAGACUUGAGAGACGUUCUACAUUGAACAGUCCACUAGUUUUACUUGUUUUAAUUUUUUUUUAUGUACAGCAGAAUACAUAGUGUGUUAUUCAUGCUUGAAAAUAACUUCAUCACACUGAUUGCAUUUUAGACAUUACUUUUCCAUUGUAUUUUGGUUGAAAUCAGGAUACCUUUUUGGAUUUAAUUUUUCCUUUUCCAUCCAAACAAUAGGCCUGAUCUCAUUGAUUAUCCAGAUUUAGUUUGUAUUGUCCAUUCAAUAAAAGGGCCAAUGACACAUCAUUUUUUAAAUAUCUUUAUUCCCCCCACCCAUCUUCAAUCCAAACAUCAUUGUUUCUUGGUCUAUGAGGUCUAUGAUCAGAUUACCUUGCUUUUUUUCCCAUAAAUAGAUUUUUUUCCUCUCUUUUAUCAAAAUACCACCGUGCCUUGUGUAUAUUGUUUGCAUUUGCUUUUAUUUUGCACUUUUGAUCUGGUUUGCAUCGAGAAAGAGAAUCUGCGCUCAUGGCCUUGUCUGUUUUUUUUUUGGUCCUUACAAUAAAAAUGUUUGUUUCA